AUGACUGUGAUGAUUAUGAUAGUUCAAAAUGGUGUCAAAGUAAAACGUUUUCAAACGGUCAAAAUCAUUUUGUGCUUUCUUUCUUAUUAUUCGUCCGUGAUUUAGCUGCAGUUCAUAUAUCCUAAUAUUUAUAUGUGAUUUGUAAGCCACAUUCAAUUGGAUUGCCUGAAUGAACUAUCUAUUCAGAUGAAUUAUUAUCGUAAGUGUUGGAUAAUCUAGAUACUUCAAAGUAACACGCACCAAAAAUGUCUCACGAUGACAGUGGCUUCAAGGCGCUUCUCAAGCCAAUCCAAGACAUCACCAGGAGCAAUGGUGAUGUUGAUCUAUGUCGGCACCUGGAAGAAUAUCUGUCGCACAUAAAAGAUCUCGUUGAACAGCGGCUUUCGUCCAUGAACUUUGCUGAAGCUGCAUAUUUGCUGCAAAAUUCGGCCAACAUCUAUUCGAAAAAAGUUGAUCUGCUUUGGACGUUCGUCAUACAACUUGUCGAAGCUCUUGGAAAAUCAAAACAAAGUCGAGGUCAAGAAGAAGGAGGGAACGAGGGUGAUGAUGGGGCUGGAAGCGGGGAUGGGGCAGGUCAGCCGCAAGCUAAAAAGAAGCGUGCACAAGCCACUUUAUCAACUGACGAUCUUGACUUCAUUGAAUGUGUCUGCUCAAAACAAUCCCUGGACAUGAAACCGAAGGCGAAUCCAACCGAUCCGGCAAAGAAGAGUAAAAUAGUUUUGAAUGCCACGACCAAAGGAAAGCCAAAGGAAGGCGUAGCCUGCUGGAUUUUCGAUGAAUCAAAUGAGCCAAUUGGAAAGAAAGAGGAAUUCAGAUUACAUUGGAGAAUACUGUCCAGUGGUAUUCUGCAAGAAGAGUUCAUUAACGAGCGCAAAUCUAGCAGAAGAAGAGAAGCGGUCGACGAUGAUGACGAUGCUGAUGGACCCUCGAUGGCGUUCGAUGAGCCCCCCAUGGAUGACGAACCGCUGCCUGCUGCAGAAGAUGCAGGCGUUGCAGAAGCUGAACAGGUCAUGCAGGUCGAUGAUAAUAAUUGCCAACCGGUUGACGAACAAGAAUUCGCCGCAGGACAAAUACUACUAGGUGGUAAAGAAAAAGAAAAGAUUGUUGACAUGGUCGAUGUAAAGAAAAAGGCCUGGGAGCCAUCUUUGUUUGACCAGAAUAUGCCAGAAAAACCUCUGCGAAAGAGGAAAAUACUUAAACUACCUGAAGCUGUUGAUGACAGUAACAAUAAAAAGGAGAAAAGAAAACGAAAGAUGUGUGAAUUGGAUCAGAAUGCCAAUUCUUAUCUGAUCAUUGACUGGAUGAUUGAGCAGUAUGUGAAAAGCUCGAAAAUUGAUGGCGAUCUGCAUGACUAUGAAUUUCUGACGGUUUUCAAAGCUGAGUGCCAACUAAAGAGACAGAUUCAGCUUAGAAGAAGACGGAAUUACAAUGAACUGGUAUUCAAUAGUGCAGCUAGGAGUGCGAGUCCAAAUUUCCGUGGCUUCGAUGAAAUGGACCCCGACAGUGAUGACGAGGGAGGAGGUUUCAACGGAUUCGUUGAAGACCAUUUUGACGAUGAUGUGGGAGACAUUGAUCUUCUUCCCGAUCUAAGACUGGAAGACAAUGACAUCGGGCCCCAAGAAGGAAGCUACGAAAAUGAAGCCGUAAAAACCAUGGAGGCCUACAAAAACCGAGUACUCGAGAAUGAGGCGGAAGAAAUGGCGGCGCUGGCAGAGCGCGUUUCACAGUGGCACCAACUGAUCCGACCGAAGCUGGAGAUCGCCGAGCGACGCAGCGCCUUCCGCAUCCACGACUACGGCACGCUCGUGCUGGACGCCUUCCCCGGCGACGAGGGCACCAUCGCCGAGUUCGGUCACAUUGUUGCCGGAUUUCCUCGCGAGGAGGUCGCCAGAACUUUCUUAUCUACCCUUUGUCUGACGAACACGGCGAACGUGGAACUGACAAAGACAGACAGCAAAGAUAUGGCAAUGGAUUGCAUUCAACUGAAGCUGAUCACCAGAACGAGGCAUCAUGAAGAGAUGCACCGGAUGAUCGAAAACCAGCAGCCCGAGUGAAUUGAUAGCCUUAUUAACCAGUGAUACCCUGAGCCAAAUGCUGCCUGUAUGUUCUCUGUGUGAUACGAAUUUUAUGACAAUGAGUGUUGUCAUUUAGCUCUGUAAAUAUUUAUCUAUGUUGACAACCAUUGAUAGGUUUAACUUUUAUAACGAAUUAAGCUAAAUGUUUCUAUUGAUGACUAGUUUCUAAAACUAGAUUCUAGUUUUUAAAUGUGGUGUUUUAUACAGAUCAACAGAUGUCAAUUUUUUGUACAUAGAAAAUUAUGUCAUAAUAGAUUUAAUAUAGUUCAUGUACUUAAUUUUAAGAAAUCACAAACUGAGAAGUUUCUUGAGCUUUCAAAUCUAAGAUCAACAGUUUUUCCGUACAAAUACCUUAGGUCCAAAGACAUUAAGCAAGGUGUAAACUUUAUAAACUUCUGGAAUGUAUAAUUUUUAAGUUGAGUAGAAAAACAGUUUUGAAUGGUGUUGAUUUUUAAAAGAAAAUUGUUUAUAAAAUCAAGACUCCAACAUUUUUUAGUGACUUCUUCAACUUUAUUAGUUCUUAUAAGAAGAGAAGUUACUUAUUUUUUACAUUUCUCAAAAUACUAUUUUACAAAGUUGUAUUUCUUCAGUAUUAUUUUAGUAUUUGUUUUCUGGUUGACUUGAGAUUGUCAUCCUACAUGGAAAUCAUUGAAAAAUCGUAAUUACAACAUUUUGAAUUAUUGUAAUUUUUUUCAGAACACAGCCUAUUUUCCUAUAAUAAUUUUUAUUUCCAUCCGUCAAGAUCGGAAAUUGUUGGCGAGAGCCGGAAGUAUUUGAUAGAUACUGGAGUAUCUCUAGGAAUAGAAUAAAAUAAGAAAAUUCAUUCCAAUAAUCAGGUACAAAAUAUGAUACGAAUUCAAAUCACCCUCUACUUGUUAGAUCAUUGUAGCUCUAUUUCUUACAAUAAUUGAAGCAAAACUAUUAUUAUUUCCAAUAAUUAGUGAAGGUACAUAUUUUUAUAUAUUGAGAGAUGUCAACUAUGUUGAAUGCUUGUGAAUAUGUUUGUUAUUAUAAGAAUCUAAAUUUACAUACUUAUCAUACGCAAAAGCGUUUACUGUAUUUAUAUGGUCUCUGUUAAUGUAUGGAAGAUUUCGUUUGGAUAUGGGAUGUAAUUAAAUGUAUUAGUUUUCAUUUUCAACGAACAAAUAGGUGUAAGCACUGUCUUAGAUUACCGAUACUAUUAAGUUGAUGUGAAAAUAUAGGAUUAUUUUUACAGUACUAAAAUAGAAGUUUUAUGUAAACUUUUGUGGAUUCUGUGUGUUGAUCAACUGAGUUGAAAAAUCGAUCGAAGAUCUCUGAGUAGCAUGAAUAUUGUAAUCGAUGUGCGUAAAAGAUGUAAUUUGAUAGGGAAAUUUGUGAAUAGAACGUGUCCUGUUUUGAAAUUUGUUUUAUAGAUCUAUUGACAGCUUUUUUCAAACCCUUGGCUUUUAUUAAUCUCAAAUAACAGAA